GGUAUUUUUGAAUGCUGGGCGUUAGAGGCUCAGGUACUUCUUCGGCCCUUGUCAUCCUCGUCGAGACUUCGAUAGAUGAAAACUCAGAUGGGGAGCGAAUGGAAGGAACAAGCUCAGACGAUGGACUCGGAAUCAUGCACACUUUGCGAGACCUAGUUCUGUUCAUAUCAUGCUAUCUCGCUCUGAAUCUUCAGAAUGACCUGGUUGUUCUUGCUUUACACAACGGCGAUUGUCACUAUCUUUACGAGUCCCCUAAAUCGAAAUUGAGAAGGGGCGUUCGCGUUCAACCGCCCGUGAGUGAUGUGUGCAAAGAAAUCAUUACACGGAUAUUUCGUAUCUCCUCUUCACCACUCCAAAGUCCAUCCGGAGAUGCUUCAUCCAGCGGCUCUGAAUCUCCUUUGGCAGCCGGGCUUUCAAUGGCUUUAUGUCACAUCCAGCGGCUUGGAACAGGAAGCUUCAGGGGUUUACGUCGCAUAUUUUGCCUACUGAGGUCACCGGUAUCUCAACGUCAGUACAUCCCCAUGAUGAAUGUCAUAUUUGCAGCUCAGCAAGCGUUCGUCACUAUCGACUCAUACUCUCUCUGCGAUAUGCAUUCUGACAUUCUCGAGCAAGCUGCGAACAUGACGAAUGGUUUGCAUCGCAAGUUGCAAAAAGAUGGGGAGCUUGGGCAACAUCUUUUGACUUUCUCUUCGUGGUCGCAAACUUGCCGCCAUUCUUUACUUCCUGGAAAGCAAUGCGGUGUGGACUUCAAAACAUUUUGUUUUUGCCAUAAGAAGACUCUACAGCGCGGCUUUGUAUGUUCGGCAUGCUUAAGUAUAUCAUGUGUCGCUUUGAAAACUGGGGGUGACUGUAUGACCUGCGCGGCUAACUUUGACACGUGUAGCUGACCAUGUUCAGGUGGUGUAACCUCGACAGGAAAGGCGAGCUAAGUUUGUGCGUACUGGGCUGUCGCCGGGGUCUACGAACAAAGUCGAAACGCCGGUAUCAAGAUAGUCUGGCUUCUUCCGUUCUAAGGAAAGGGCUUACCGAUCUGCAUUUAAAGUCAUGACCACGCGGUUGCUGCUCCUUCCAAGGCUAGAAGUGAUUUGGUUGCAGAAUGGACGUUUCAAAGACCAACCCCCAAAGCUUAAACUGCUGCACCGAUCUCAAGGGAAGACAACAUCACGAUCCUAUCAUAGCAUGAUUAUCAUCGCGAUUACAAACAAACAGCUAACACACUUAUGAAUAUGAUCCAAUUGGGUGUUACUUCUC